AGACUGUUUGCGAAAUGUGUAGCGACCGAGGCUACAGUGUAGAUGUGCGGGAUUUAGAAAUGAGUAUAGUCGAUUUUGAAGUGCGCUUCGGAAGCGAUCCAGAUCCAUUACAAAUGGGUACCACAUUCACCAAGGUGCUACCCGACGGAGAGGAGGACAGUGUGCUGGUGUCUUUCUGUGGCGUGAAGGUGGGUAUUGCACAGGUCAAGGACAUAGCUGAGGCCAUGGAAGCUGCCAGAGUCAAACGGGCAAUCUUUAUUUCAAGGUUACCUAUGACUCCUUCUGCUAAGACGGGUAUAGAGAAGAUUAAAAUGACAGGCCGCAUGAUUGAAGCAUUCAGGGAGACUGAACUUCUGUAUAAUAUAGUACAACAUGCCGCGGUGCCGAAACACGUGGUGCUGACAAAUGCACAGAAGCAGGAAAUCAAGAAGAAAUAUAAAAUCGUCGACACAGCGUUUCCACGCUUACUGAUGAGGGAUCCCGUGGCGCGAUACUAUGGUUGUACUCGUGGACAGGUCCUAAAAAUCAUCCGCGAUAGUCCCAUGGCAGGCAAGCAAGUGACGUAUAGGAUCAUUAGCUGAUUAUAUCUAUUUUUACUGUUGCAAGAUAUUCGCGGUCUUGCACCGUGCGCUUGGCGGACUGGUAUAUAGAGUCAAACUAGCACUCAGCGACAAAAAGGAUGUUUUUUGUCAUCUCGGUAUAAUUGCUGGCUGCGGGUUAUACGCUGGCGAGUCUUACACACUUACAUAGCGAGCAUAUAUAUACAGAGACCUUGCAGAGAUGUAUGCGCUAAGCUAUUCUGUCGUAGGUAUACAUAAUUGUGAGCUCAUAUCGUUGGACUUGAGGUGGUCAGAUCGCCGCACUCCUCGGCCAGACACGGGCUGAACUCAUCUGGUGAAACCAAACUAUGCUGCUGUAUGCCACCUAGGCCGAUUGGAUCGUAAAUCUGGCAAAACUUCGCCGCUUCGUGCUCACAAUAUUUAGAUGUACUCUUAUGGUCGGAAUGAGUAGGCGUCUACAGUGUAGCAUAAGAAACCUCCAUUCAGAGGUAUGGGAAGCGAUCUUAAUAGCCAUUUCAUGUACUCUAUACCACAACUGUCAGCUAUGGAUAGGCGAAUGCGGCCGUAAGGAGGUUUGUAUUCAAUCAACUGCUAACUGCUGAUGGACAAUACGGGGAAGAUGGCAGUUCGGAUAUGUUCCUAGCGGAGAGUUCCACAUCGAAAGGAGGGUUGAUAAAUGAAGCCAAUCUGGGGAAAAUCUCAGCGGCGAGUUUAAGGUGCCAGUGCAGCGUUCAACAAAAUUGGUCGAAUGCCAAUCGGUUGAGACCAAAACAGUUGAGUCAACUGGAGUGUUUAGAGCCACGUGAGGUUUUAUAUGAAUUGUGCGCUGUUGUAGUUGAGGCAAAACAAUUGCUGUUCUAGACGUCAAACACUAUGGUAGUCAAUGGCCAUAGAGGCGGAUAUUUAGUAUCAACAAGAUUUAAAGUGUACUUAGCAUUAAUAAACAAG